AAUAACAAGUAUUAGGGUGUGGAGAAAUCCGAGAGCCCUCAGACGCUGCUGGUGGGACGACGAAAUAGUGCAGAUGCUGUGGAAAACAGCCCGGCACUUGCUCAAAAUGUGAGAUGUAAUGCCUCAGAGGUUCCCAACAAGAGAAAUAAAAUCUGGGUCUACACCACAGCUGGCACGGCAUUAUUCACAAUAGCCAAAAAUUGGAAACAACCCAAAUGCCUCUGAGCUGAUGAAUGGAUAAAGAAAAUGCGGUCUAUCCGUACAAUGGGGUAUCACUCAGUUAGGAAAAGGAAUGAGGUACCGAUUCACGCUACAACGUGGGUGAACUUUAAAAACACGCUCAGUGGAAGAAGCCAGUCACAAAAUGCCACAUACGUAUUAUGUGCCAAGAACCUUGCAAAGAAAGACUUCUUCAGACUCCCCGACCCCUUUGCAAAGAUUGUGGUGGACGGAUCUGGGCAGUGCCACUCAACGGACACUGUGAAAAACACAUUGGACCCCAAAUGGAACCAGCACUAUGAUCUGUAUGUUGGGAAGACGGAUUCGAUAACCAUCAGCGUGUGGAACCACAAGAAGAUUCACAAGAAGCAAGGAGCUGGCUUCCUGGGCUGUGCGCGGCUGCUGUCCAACGCCAUCAGCAGACUGAAGGACACUGGCUACCAGCGUUUGGAUCUAUGCAAACUAAAUCCCUCAGAUACUGAUGCAGUUCGUGGCCAAAUAGUGGUCAGUUUACAGACACGAGACAGGAUAGGCACUGGCGGCUCUGUGGUAGACUGCAGAGGACUGUUAGAGAAUGAAGGAACCGUGUAUGAAGACUCGGGGCCUGGAAGGCCACUCAGCUGCUUCAUGGAGGAGCCGGCCCCUUACACGGACAGUACCGGUGCUGCUGCGGGGGGAGGGGACUGCAGGUUCGUGGAGUCCCCGAGUCAAGAUCAAAGACUCCAGGCGCAGCGACUCCGAAAUCCUGAGGUCCGGGGGUCCCUCCAGACGCCUCAGAACCGACCCCACGGCCACCAGUCACCAGAACUGCCCGAAGGCUACGAACAAAGAACGACGGUGCAGGGCCAAGUUUACUUUUUGCACACACAGACUGGAGUUAGCACAUGGCACGACCCCAGGAUACCAAGUCCCUUGGGGACCAUUCCUGGGGGAGAUGAAGCUUUUCUAUACGAAUUCCUUCUACAAGGCCAUACAUCUGAGCCCAGAGACCUUAACAGUGUGAAUUGCGAUGAACUUGGACCACUGCCACCAGGUUGGGAAGUCAGAAGUACAGUUUCGGGGAGAAUAUAUUUUGUAGACCAUAAUAACCGAACCACCCAGUUUACAGACCCAAGAUUACAUCACAUCAUGAAUCACCAGUGCCAACUAAAGGAGCCCAGCCAGCCGCUGCCAUUGCCCAGCGAGGGCUCUGUGGAAGAUGAGGAGCUUCCUGCCCAGAGAUAUGAAAGAGAUUUAGUCCAGAAGCUGAAGGUCCUCAGACAUGAACUUUCACUCCAGCAGCCCCAAGCUGGUCAUUGCCGCAUCGAAGUAUCCAGAGAAGAAAUAUUCGAGGAGUCUUACCGCCAGAUCAUGAAGAUGCGGCCGAAGGAUCUGAAGAAGCGGCUGAUGGUGAAGUUCCGGGGAGAAGAAGGCUUGGAUUAUGGCGGCGUGGCGAGGGAGUGGCUUUAUUUAUUGUGCCAUGAAAUGUUGAAUCCGUAUUAUGGACUCUUCCAAUAUUCUACGGACAACAUUUACAUGUUGCAGAUUAAUCCAGAUUCUUCGAUCAACCCUGACCAUUUGUCUUAUUUCCAUUUUGUGGGCCGGAUCAUGGGUCUCGCCGUGUUCCACGGACACUACAUAAAUGGGGGCUUCACAGUUCCCUUCUAUAAGCAGCUACUGGGGAAACCCAUCCAGCUCUCGGAUUUGGAGUCGGUGGACCCAGAAUUACAUAAGAGCUUAGUGUGGAUUCUAGAGAACGAUAUCACCCCUGUGCUGGACCACACUUUCUGUGUGGAACACAAUGCUUUCGGGAGGAUUCUUCAGCAUGAACUGAAACCCAAUGGCCGAAACGUUCCUGUCACAGAGGAGAACAAGAAAGAAUAUGUCCGGUUGUAUGUAAAUUGGAGGUUCAUGAGGGGGAUCGAAGCCCAGUUCUUAGCGCUUCAGAAGGGGUUUAAUGAACUCAUCCCUCAACACUUACUGAAGCCUUUUGACCAGAAGGAACUAGAGCUGAUCAUCGGCGGCCUGGAUAAAAUCGACGUGAGCGACUGGAAGUCCAACACUCGGCUGAAACACUGCGUGGCCGACAGCAACAUCGUGCGGUGGUUCUGGCAGGCCGUGGAGACCUUCGACGAGGAGAGGAGGGCCAGGCUCCUGCAGUUCGUCACCGGCUCCACUCGGGUCCCUCUCCAAGGCUUCAAGGCUUUGCAAGGUUCUACAGGCGCGGCAGGGCCCCGGCUCUUCACCAUCCACCUGAUCGACGCCAACACAGACAACCUUCCGAAGGCCCACACCUGCUUUAAUCGGAUUGACAUUCCACCUUACGAGUCAUAUGAGAAGCUCUAUGAGAAGCUGCUGACAGCCGUGGAGGAGACCUGUGGGUUUGCUGUGGAGUGAAGAGCAACCCAGACCACAGAUUGUAGCUCAUGGCCACCAGACCCAAAGCAAGCUUUCUGUGCGCCUCCUGCGAAGCCGGCUGAGGCCCGGGAACCCUAGAUAACCGGAGGGAAAGCGUGGUCUCCCCUCCUUUUCGUUGGGGGAGCGAGGGGGGUGGGGGGACUUUGGUUGGUGGCGCCCACCCAUACUUUCCUCCUUUAUGACAGUACUCCCACCCCCUUCCAUCACCCAUCCAAUAAAAUGCAGCCAGGUUUAGCA